UUCACUUUAGAGCUGUAAUUAAUUGACCAAAGAAGGAAAUGGGAAAAGAAGAGAAUUGAGUUGAUGGCUUUGAGUGGUAACAAAUGUGGUGAAAAUCUAAGGAAUCGGAGUUGUUGUCCCACAAAGAGGGGGAAAAGGGUUUAUUUUUCUUUAUUCAUUUUUUUUGCAGUGAACGAGGAAGAAAAAGUUGGUAAUCAAGUUCCUAAGACCGAAAGUUUACGUGAAUUUAGAAAUAUCAAAUUACUUGUAAAGAAUCUAAAUUGGACGAAAGAAUUUGAUUAUUAUUACCCGAAAUCUCGGUGGGCGGGACCAGACUCCGAGACAACUUUAAUACACACUUAAAUAGAUGGCCUUUAGCAUUAAAAAGAAUCAGUCUUUGACUCAUUGCCACCACUUAUAAGCCGCCACUGUAGUUGGUGGCGCGUGAUAUGGUCUCUGGGCUGUUCACAUUUACUGAUUUCAGAUAGAGGUGGAAGACAAGCGAUGGGUCAGAGAAUGAGUUGCAGAAAAGGCCAUGAACAUGCAUUGUUCAGUGCUUUGGAGGAUGGGGACCUGCAGUUGAUUGAGGCUAUGGUGGAGACUGACUCAACUGUUUUGCAGAUCACCAAUGGUUAUGGGAGACAAUCUGCACUGCAUUUGGCAGCUGCUUAUGGGCAGAUCGAGGUUCUUUCUAUGCUCUUGGAUCGGUUCUUUUUAUAUACCAAUCCAGAUGUCUUAAAUCGCUAUAAACAGACCCCAUUAAUGGUGGCUGCAAUGCAUGGGAAAGCAUCUUGUGUGAAGAAGCUCAUUGAAAGUGGAGCAUUUAUUCUGAAAUUUGAUUCUCUUCACGGAAGAACUUGCUUACACUAUGCUGCAUACUAUGGGCAUUCAGAUUGCCUGCAAGCCAUUCUUACUGCAGGCCGAACCAGUCCAAUAGCCAAUUCUUGGGGAUUUGCAAGAUUUGUAAACAUAAGAGACGAAAGCGGCACAACCCCACUUCAUUUGGCAGCACGCCAUGGGUGGUCAGCAUGUGUUCAUAACCUCUUAGACAAUGGGGCUCUUGUUUGUGCUUCAACUGGUGGAAAUGGCUACCCAGGGAGUACACCUCUUCAUUUCGCUGCUCAGGGUGGUUCUUUGGAGUGUAUACGGGAAUUGCUAGCUUGGGGUGCGGAUAGGCUUCAGCCAGAUGCAUUAGGGAGAAUACCAUAUGUAAUUGCAUUGAAGUACAAACAUCAAGCUUGUGCAGCCUUGCUGAAUCCUUCAUCUGCUGAGCCUCUUGUCUGGCCCUUGCAAUUAAGAUUCAUGACUGAUCUAAACCCAGAGGCAAAAGCACUACUAGAAAAGGCCUUGAUGCAAAGAAACGAAGAGAGGGAGAAAGCCAAUUUGAACAAGACAACCCACUCACCUCCAUCGCCUUCACCUUCUGAUGUUGAGGCCGAUGACCAUGCCUCUGAGGUCAGUGAUGUUGAGCUAUGCUGCAUCUGCUUUGAACGUGUAUGCUCAAUUGAGAUCAGAACAUGUGGCCAUCAAAUGUGUGCUCAUUGCACUCUAGCUCUGUGUUGCCACAAGAAACCUGACCUUACAACGGCUGUUCCUGAGGCCCCCACUUGCCCUUUCUGUAGAUGCAGCAUUGCAAACCUAGUUGUUGUCCAGAUUAUCAACAAUGCUACGGAGGUGGAAGUUAGUCCCUCCAAACCAAGGAGAUCUAAGAAGUCCAGGAAUUCUGGUGAAGGCAGCAGCAGCUUCAAGGGUUUAUCAACCAUGGGCUCAUUUGUUAAAAUAGGUGGUCGAAAUUCAGGAAAAGUUGCAGCUGAAUGCAAUGAAGCAACCGAUAAGUUUUUACAGAUGGCAGCUGUGGAUCCUCUUUCUUGCCUUGUAAGUUAAUAAAGUUGAAGUGCAUCAUUACUCAAAUCGCUUUGAAAUACUCUCAUUUGGGUACAAUUUUUCAAAUUCAUGGAGCAUAUGAGACAUGAGCGAGAAGAAAGGUCCAGCAAGCCGUUUUUGGUUGACAGUCCUAUUAUCAGUGUAAUCUGCUUCUCUUGAAAUUGGAGAAGCAGUAGAGUUUCUGGCUUUCCCUGCUCAAUUCUAAAUUUUGAUAUAGGGAUAAAGCCGAUUCCGAUUGUUCAAUAGCUACUGAAUCCUUGUAAAAUUCUUUACUUUUUCUUUGGAACAAAACUGUAGGAAAUCAUAGUCCUACUUAUCUAUCCUUAAUGUCCUAACAAAAGUUGGGACGUUUGGAAUUAAAAUUUUUCUUUUGAAAUUGCAGACAAGUUUGUAUGCUGUGAUGUCGUCUAAUUAUUGAAGUGAAUUGUCUGCUUUGAGACAAGGCAUUAAGUUCAUUAAGGAUGAC